AUGGCAGGUGUCGCCGACAAAGCCCGCUACUACGCUGAGCAGUUCGCGCCCCAACUCAACGACUUCAAAGAGAAGGGCAUCUUCAGCCCCGACGAGAUUCGCUCGCUGGCGCACAAACACGAUGACUUCGAGCACCUCGUCCUGUCACCGGGCAGCAAACCCUCUGACUGGCUCGCUUACGCCAAAUGGGAGAGGUCCCUAGAAGCCUUACGAACAAAACGCUGCAAACGCCUGAAGGUGCAAGUCGCCUCAUCCUAUGCGGGACAGGGGCGUAUCUUUGGUAUCCUGGAGCGCGCGGUCGGGAAACACCCGGGAAGCAUAGAGCUGUGGAAGGAAUACUUGAAGUUCGCACAGGAUGCCAAAGCCACGAAGCGGUGGCGAAAAGUCAUGAGCCGGGCGUUGAGAAUGCACCCUGCCAAACCGGAGAUGUGGGUGAUGGCCGGACGGAGAGCAGCCUCGAAUGGGGAUAUGCAAGCUGCCAGGGGCUUCUUCAUGCGUGGCACAAGGUUUUGCGCCAAGGAUGCGACCGUCUGGGUCGAGUAUGCGAGGUGCGAAAUGGACUGGUUAGACAGGCUGGAAGCCAGGAAAACGAAGAAGGGCGGAGUUGAUAAGGCGAUCAAAGAGCAGGCCGAGUAUGGCGACGACGAGAUUCACUUCGACGAAGGGGACAGCGAGGAUGAUAUAGACGAAGAUGGUCGUCUGGUACUGCCAAAUCCCGACGGCAGGACAGCGACAAAGUCAGCGGACGAGUUGGAAAUUCAGAAGAGCGAGAAGAAUCCGGCCCUCGAAGGAGCGAUCCCCCAAGCCAUUUUCGACAUCGCCAAGAAACAACCUUUCUUCAACGCGGCGGCAGCAACACGGUUUUUCGAUUUAUUCGCCAGCUUUACAAAGGUGUCAUCCCAGCCCAGGCUCGUUCAACACGUCUUAGAUACCAUGACAGAGCUGUACCCGAACGACCCCGCCACGUGCAGUUGUCUUGUCCGACAAGCACUUAUUGGUGCCGAUAUCAACUCUCCUACCUUUGUCAAGGCUCUGCGGGAAGCUCUUGCGCAGCUGAACACAACACUGGCAACCACCACGAACAAGACCAAACUUGCCCAGAAGACAACCGCUUGGAUCGAACCAAUCCUCUCUUUGGAAAAUGUGGACCCGGGUAUCCGUGUCGUUCUUGAACACACCGUCCGGACACUUCCUAGGCCAUGA